AUGCUUUUGCGAACAGCGAGCUUUCUGGGCCUUGUUUUCGUAGGAGGUACCGCUUUGGCCUCGUCACCAGAGGUUUUCCACCGCACCACGCCUGGAAACUGCAAGGUCCUUCCUGGAGAUGCCGCUUGGCCAAAGGCUCCGGACUGGGCUGUGCUGAAUAGGACGCUUAACGGACACUUGAUUGCGUCGGUGCCCAUAGCCAGUGCCUGCCACGAUGCACCUUUCAACAACUACAACGCCGAGCUCUGUGCGCAGAUCCAGGCCGGAUGGAACGAGACGAAACUCAGCUUCGACCAGCCCGCUGACUUCUUAAACAUGUACUUUGCAAACUAUACUUGUGAUCCCUUUACACCUCGGUCUACGCCCUGUGCUUUGGGCAACUAUGCCAGCUACAUUAUCAAUGUCACCGGUCCAACAGAUGUUCAGACCGGUAUUGCUUUUGCCAAGAAGAACAAUAUUCGUCUGGUGAUCAAAAACACCGGUCACGAUUACUUGGGCAAGAACACCGGCAAGGGUGGCCUGACCUUGUGGACUCACAACCUUAAGACCACUCAGUACAUCCCCAACUACAGCUCCUCUUAUUACCACGGCCCGGCCAUGAAGCUCGGCGCCGGCGUUCAGGGCUUCGAGGCCUUUGCUGCUGCCAACGCUACUGGAAACCGAAUCGUUGGCGGAACAUGCCCUACCGUCGGCAUUGCCGGUGGGUACAGCCAAGGCGGUGGUCACUCCAUGCUCAUGGCCGCCCAUGGUCUCGGCGCGGACAAUGUCCUCGAGUGGGAGGUUGUCACUGCUGCUGGGAAGCACUUGGUUGCCACUCCUACCCAGCACUCCGAUAUCUACUGGGCGAUCAGCGGUGGUGGUGGCGGCACUUUUGGUGUUGUUUUGUCCAUGACCAGCCGGCUUCACAAGGACAGUAUCAUUGGCGGUGCUUCUCUUACGUUUGACGACAGCAAGGUUGGCAAUACUGCAUUUUGGGAAGCCGUCGGCGCUUUUCACACUCUUCUCCCUCUGUUGGUGGACACUGGUAACAGUGCCACGUACAUGCUCACUCCGACUCAGUUCCUCACUCUGGCCUUCACCAUGCCCGGAAAGGAUGUGGAUGAAGUCAACGCUUUGAUGAAGCCCUUCCUGGACGAUCUCACCAAGCGCGGCAUUGCCUACCAGUACAAUCCUCGUGUCUCACCCAACUAUUAUGACCAUUUCGGCCUCUACCUGGGACCUCUGCCUGAAGGAUCCUCUGGCUACGCUCCUUUCACUGGUAGCCGCAUCAUUCCCCGCGACCUGCUCCUCGACACCAAGAAGAACGCCAUCACCAUGGACGCCCUCCGAAAUGCCACGCUCACCAAAGGCUACACUCCGUUCCCCUGCCAGGCCUUCAACGUUUCUAACCAGCCACACCCAGAUAACGCCGUCCAUCCUGCCUGGCGCACCGGCUUGUCUGUCUGCCUAAUUCCAGGUCUCUGGGAUCCUACGGCUACUCCGGCUGAGAUGCAAGCUCGUCAAGACUUUGCCGCCCACGUUUUGCAGCCCAUGGUUGAUGCUGCUACCCCUGGCGGUGGCGUCUACCUCAACGAGGCGAACUACAAGCAGCAGGAUUGGCAGGAGGCCUUUCAUGGGUCGAAUUAUCCCAAACUUCUGAAGAUUAAGCAAAAGUACGAUCCUGAUACUCUAUUCUAUGCCAAUGUCGCGGUUGGCAGCGAGGAUUGGUACUUGACCAGCGAUAACAGACUUUGCCGUUCGUAG